AUGACAGUCAUAUUGUCCCCAGAUCCCUCUCUCCGAGCAGCUUCAACCAGAGCCUUGGCAAAAGUCUGUUUGCUCCCACCACUGGAGAAGUAUUUCCAGACUUCCUCACUCAUCUCCUCUGCAUUCAGGACGUCCCACACUCCGUCACAGGCCACCACCAGGAAAUCCUCUGUUCCAUCCAGCUCCACCGUGUUAGUGUCAGCGUCAGCAGUGAUAAACUUCUUGUCCCUGGCAUCUCCGAUGGCUCUGGACACAGAGAGGCUCCCGUUGACCCGCCACGCCCCCAGCCAGAUCACCAUUCCCCCCAGCUCCUCUAUCCUCUCCCUCUCAUCCUGGACGAUGGCAGAGAAAGACUCACUGAUUUCCCGAGUUCCUUGUCAUCACAUUUCCUCACCUGAUAUCUUCUAAGAGAAUUUGCAAAUCAGUCAGCUUGGCCUAUAUAUAAUACUAGAGCAGC